GUGGUGCAGAGAGGCCCCUCCCCCUUCCUGCCCUCGGAGCCGCCAUGGACACGAGCCGCGUGCAGCCCAUCAAGUUGGCCAGGGUCACCAAGGUGCUGGGCCGGACCGGCUCCCAGGGGCAGUGCACGCAGGUGCGCGUGGAGUUCAUGGACGACACGAGCCGCUCCAUCAUCCGCAACGUGAAGGGACCGGUGCGAGAGGGAGACGUCCUCACCCUGCUCGAGUCCGAACGCGAGGCGCGGCGGCUGCGCUGAGCUCUGCGGGCCGCCCCAGCUGCCCGGCCGGGUUUCGCACCGCGCUGCUGGUGGGCGCCGCGUGCGUUUGGGGCGGCCUGCAGCGAGAUGGAGAGCAGCGGGGUGCCGGUGGUUGCCCAAUAAAGGUUUUUUUUCCAGUA